AUGGCUAAUACACAGUUUCAAGCUAUAUCAAACGCAUUUCACAAACUAACACUUGCAUUAAAAUCAUGCAAAACCAUCACCGAAAUUCAUCAAUUUCAUUGCUACAUGAUCAAAACUUCACUCACCAACGUUCCUUUCACUCUAAGCAAGCUUCUCGCUGCGUCAAUUUUCGACAUGAACUACGCUUCCACCAUUUUCACUUGCAUUCAAAACCCUAAUCUUUUCAUGUAUAAUACAAUGCUUAGAGGCUAUUCCGUUAGUAAUUCUUCAAAUAAAGCUUUACCCAUUUUUAAUAAGCUUAGGAAUAGUGGAAAUGGGCUUGACCCGUUUUCGUUCAUCGCGGUGAUGAAAGCUUGUGGAAGAAGUUUUGAGGUUGGGUUUGGUAGAGGGGUUCAUGGGAUUGUUGUGAAGUCUGGGAAUAGGUUUUUUGUUGAUUUGAAUAAUACAAUUUUGCAAUUUUAUUGUGUUUGUGGAAGAAUUGAUGAUGCACGUAAGGUGUUUGAUGAAUGUCCUGAGAGAAAUGAUUUAGUGUCUUGGAAUAUUUUGAUGGGUGGGUGUGUUCUUGUUUCAGAUUAUAGUUUUGUUUUUGAUUUGUUUUUGAAGAGGGGUUGUAGUGGGAUUAGAGCUAGUGUUGCUACUACGUUGAGUCUUUUGUCCGCGGCUGGUGAUAUAGGGAGCUUUGUUUUGGGGAAAUCUCUUCAUGGUUACUGUAUUAAAAUUGGAUUUUGUUGUAAUUUAAAUGUUGUUACUGCAUUGAUUGAUAUGUAUGCGAAAACGGGUUGUAUCUAUUUGGCACGGAAAGUUUUUGAUGGUGUUGUUGAAAAGGAUGUCGUGUUAUGGAAUUGUUUAAUAAAAAAUUAUGCAAGGAGUUGCCUGGUUGAAGAAGCAGUGGCAUUACUACAGAGCAUGAGACAGGAAGGAGUGAAACCUAACUCUUCUACUUUGGUCGGGCUGCUUUCGGUGUACUCUGCAUCCGGAUCUAUGCAGGGAGUUCGAUAUGUUACUAGUUUGAUUGAAGAGGAGAAACUAGAACUGGAUGUGAUUCUUGGAACAGCUCUUGUUGAUGUGUAUGCUAAAUGUGGCUUUCUAGAUGAGGCUAUGGAGAUAUUUGAGAGGAUGGAAAAUAAAGAUGUGAAAUCUUGGACAGCCGUGAUUUCAGGUCAUGGAAUUCAUGGGCAGGCAAUUAAUGCCAUAAGUCUAUUCAAUAGGAUGGAGAAUGAAGGGUUUAGACCAAAUGAAAUCACCUUUUUGGCAAUUCUAACUGCUUGUAGUCAUGGAGGUCUUGUUACUGAGGGGGUUGAAUUUUUUAAGCGCAUGGUUCAGGAACACGGCUUUUCACCGUGGGUUGAGCAUUAUGGAUGUCUUAUUGAUCUCUUGGGUCGAGCUGGAAUGCUACACGAAGCAUUUGAGCUAAUCAAGAGCUUGCCAAUUAAAGGUGAUGCUACUUCAUGGCGCACACUACUUUCUGCUUGUCGAGUCCAUGGAGAUGUUAAAUUGGGGGAGUGUGUGAAAGAUGUGCUAAGCAACUUUUAUACACCACAUCCUACGGAUUCCCUCCUCAUUUCUGGCACUUAUGCAGCUGCUGGAAGAAUCUCAGAUCUUACAAGAAUGCAAGAAAUGAAGCAAACAAAUGUUACUUUAGACAAUUAUAGGGUGCCGGAAACAGAGGGAGAAAGUAUGGUAAAGGAGGCUGGAUUCAGCAGAGUUGAAAUUGAUAACUAG